GUGGUCCGGAAAAGGGGGGUAAGAUGCCUAUCCUAGUCCCUCUCUUCGGGCUCUUCAUCUCAAGGGAACAAACAAGAGCAAACUCAGUGUCGAGAGGCCCCAAACCGGACUCUCCUACAGAGAGGUGCUCGAUCCCAAGCCCAGGAGGCCCGGGAAGGCCGCCUCCGGAGGAGCCCCCGCAGACGCCAUACUAAAAGCCAAAAUGGCUGCCCCGAGGAGGCCCGCACCGCGUCGCUAGUGAAGGUUGGGGAGCAAGCUUCUGCGGGAAAGAGGGAGGGGGACUCCAGGAAAAGCCGUUGAGAAGACCAUCACAACCGGAGCAGCACAGGUUCCAGUUACAGCCAUCCCUUGUCAUAACUUUUGAACUGUAUUUGGAAAAAUACUGGCCGGGAAAGAAAAAUGAUAAAAUUUUUCCUCAUGGUGAAUAAACAAGGGCAGACUCGACUUUCUAAGUACUAUGAACAUGUGGAUAUUAAUAAGUGUACACUUCUGGAAACAGAAGUCAUAAAGAGCUGUCUCUCUCGAUCCAAUGAACAAUGCUCUUUCAUUGAAUAUAAGGAUUUUAAGCUGAUAUAUCGGCAGUAUGCAGCUCUCUUCAUUGUGGUUGGAGUUAAUGAUGCUGAGAACGAGAUGGCUAUUUAUGAAUUCAUUCAUAACUUUGUGGAAGUUUUAGAUGAGUAUUUCAGCCGAGUGAGUGAAUUAGAUGUAUCCUUUUUCAAUACCGUUUUCCACGGUACUUGGCAAACGCACUCUGGUCCUUAUCAGGACAGUUCCCAUGGGCCCUUGGAAAACAGUUUAUUCUGCUGGAGGACUAUUUGCACAGAGCUUAAUGAGAUAUUCACACAGAGCCUAAUAAAAACUUUAAAGUCAUUCACCGUUUGUCCUAUUCUGUGUAGUUGCGCUUCACUAAGCAAAUAUGGUGUAGACUUUGAAUAUCUGGUCUGGUUGAAAAAAAUCAAAUGGGAACAAUUCACUUUACAAAGAUUUAAUUUUGAACUCCGCUAGUGCAUUUAAUUACCUAUUUGUUGAGUGAAGUUUAUUUGAAACAAUCAGUCAACUGUUGUGUUUUUGUAACAGACCAGGAUCAUGCUCUUUAAGUAGACAGAGAACUUCAGAUAUUAAGGUGUAGAAUUGAGAAACAUUCAUUGUCAGCAUGUCAUUCCAGUUCCCCUUCUUUCACAAAAGAAAAGUUAGGUAUUCAGUUGAAGAGAUUCUUGAGGGAAGUAUUUAGUUCUUUCUAGUUUGCUAGACAUCAUAGUCUAACAAUAUUUUCUUCUUUCCCCAUGCCCCAUACUAACUUCCCAGUAGGAACACCUGUAAGCCAAAGUGGCUCCAUCAUUCUCAAAUGACUUCUUAGAACUACCCAUUUGUAAGAGAUACUACCUUGAAAUCCAGAACUUUUAUUAUGCUCUGCCUUCUUCAUUCAUUUUUUUUUUUUUUUUUUUUUUGAGACGGAGUCUCGCUCUGUCGCCCUGGCUGGAGUGCAGUGGCGCAAUCUCGGCUCACUGCAAGCUCCGCCUCCCGGGUUCACGCCAUUCUCCUGCCUCAGCCUCUCCGAGUAGCUGGGACUACAGGCCCCCGCCACUACGCCCAGCUAAUUUUUUUGUAUUUUUAGUAGAGACAGGGUUUUCACCGUGGUCUCGAUCUCCUGACCUCGUGAUCCGCCCGCCUCGGCCUCCCAAAGUGCUGGGAUUACAAGCGUGAGCCACCGCGCCCGGCCCAUUCAUUUUCUCCUCAUAGUUAUUUUUACAUCAGUCUGUCUGACAGAGAAGAUAACUGAAGGUACAAGGCAUUUAUUUUGGGGUGGAGGUUUGGGGGUUGAGGAGGAAGGUGUCUAGCCCCUCCUGAGGAGCCCAUAAGCAGAGCAGUCAAGCCCAAGCUUUAGGUUUAAAUUCAAGCCCGGCAUUUACUAGCCAUGUGACCUUGGACUAUGCUUUGAACCUGUUUGAUCCUGGGUAAACUGAGGAUAAUAUGUAACAACAUACAUCAGAGAUUUGUAGAGGCCUGAAAUUUAACACAAUGUCUGGAACAGGAGUAUUCAACAAAUCGUUGUUACUGUUACUAUUAUUGUCUGGGAAGACAACAUUAUUUUUGAGUUAAGGUCAUUCUCUUGCCACAUGACACUGCUGUGUUCUCUAGCACUUAGUAGGCCCCCUAUCCCUUUGGUUAAAAAAUGUAGCUGUUUCAUUUUUAUCCCUACUUAUCCUGUUAGCUUAACCAAGGUGAAACUAGGUAUGUAUAUAUGAAGGUAACAAUUUCUAAUAUGGAUGCCAGUUUUAAAUUUAAUUUCAGAAAUUCUGUACAAAAAAACCUCAUGUUUAGGCUAAUUUACACUGGGAACACUCUAGGUUAAGCCAUAAAUUUUUACUGAAUGUUAACAAUUUUUAACUUUAAACUAAUUUCCUUAAUAUAACCCUAGAUAAUGUUUAAUUUGGAUAAAGUACACAUCAUUUUGGAUGAGAUGGUGUUAAAUGGCUGCAUUGUGGAAACUAACAGGGCAAGAAUUCUUGCCCCUCUACUAAUUCUUGAUAAGAUGUCAGAAAGCUGAAAGGAAGUCUCUUCCAGACAACAUGGAUUUAUCAGAAAUGCGAGUACCGUGGAAUACAUCUCAACAUCUGUAACCCAGAAGAAUCUGGAAGACCACAAUUACAAAAUGGGGUAUCCUUCCAAAGACAUUAUAAAUAGGCAUUUUCCACAGUUCCUAAAAAGAAAACAAAACUGUACUUUAUGUACAAAGAAAAACAUUUUUUUAAACUGAGAGAGGAGUUUUAUUUUCUAAUUGUAAACAUAUCUUUCCCACUUUAAAUUCUGUUGAGCACCUAAGGAACCCUUCUUGGUCUAUGCUUCUUUUUGCAAAUUGAAUUCGGGAAUAGCAGGAUGGUAGUGGGAAGAAAGCAUGGCAGUUUUCUGUCAGCCAAUAAAGUUUUAAAAUUUAAACAAGGCAUUUUGAGUAACGCUGUUUUCUGAAGGCUAUUUUUUUUUUUUUUUUUUUGAGACGGAGUCUAGUCUAGCUGUGUCACCCAGCACAUUCUUGGCUCACUGCAACCUCCACUUCCGGGGUUCAAGCAAUUCUCCUGCCUCAGCCUCCGAGCUGGGACUACAGGUGUGCGCCACCACACCUGGCUAAUUUUUGUAUUUUUAGUAGAGACAGGGUUUCACCAUGUUGGCCAGGCUGUCUCAAACUCCUGACCUCAGGUGAUCUGCCUGCCUCAGCCUCCCAAAAUUCUGGGAUUACAGAUGAGCCACAGUGCCUGACUUCUGAAGGCUGUCUUAUUCCUUUAAAAGGCUUAGUAAAAUUUACUUUUUUUUUUUUUUUUUGAGAAGGAGUCUCGCUCUUUCACCCAGGCUGGAGUGCAGUGGUGCGAUCUCGGCUCAUUGCAGGCUCCGCCCCCCGGGGUUCACGCCAUUCUCCUGCCUCAGCCUCCCGAGUAGCUGGGACUACAGGCGCCCGCCACCUCGCCCGGCUAAUUUUUUGUAUUUUUAGUAGAGACGGGGUUUCACCAUGUUAGCCAGGAUGGUCUCGAUCUCCUGACCUCGUGAUCCGCCCGCCUCGGCCUCCCAAAGUGCUGGGAUUACAGGCGUGAGCCACCGCGCCCAGCCUAAAAUUUACUUUUUAAGAGGUAUGUGUGUGUGUGUUUUUUAAGACAGAGUCUUGCUCUGUCACCCAGGCUGGAGUGCAGUGGCAUGAUCUCAGCUCACUGCAACCUCCACCUCUAGGUUCAAGCAAUUCUGCCUCCUGAGUAGCUGCGACUACAGGCAUGUGCCACUACGCCCAGCUAAUUUUUGUAUUUUUAGUAGAGAUAGGGUUUCACCAUGUUGGCCAGGCUGUUCUUGAACUCCUGACCUCAAGUGAUCCACCCGCUUCAGCCUCCCAAAGUGCUGGGAUUACAAGCAUGAGCCACCAUGCCCAGCCAAGAGGUGUUUUUUUGUUUGCUUGUUUUUAAGAGAAGCAGGUCUUGCAGUGUUGUCCAGGCUGGACUGCAGUGGCUAUUCACAAGCAUGAUCAUGUUGUACUACAACCUUGAACCUUCCUGGCCUAGCUCUAAAAGCUUUGUAAUGUGGGGCUGGUGCAGUGCCUCACACCUGUAACCCCUGCACUUUGGGAGGCUGAGGAAGGAGGAUUGCUUGAGGCCAGAAAUUCAAGACCAGCCUGGACAACACAGACUUCAUCUUUACAAAAAAAUGCAAAAAUUAGCCGGGUGUGGUGGCACAUACCUGUAGUCUCAAGUACUUGGGAGUCUGAGGCAGAAGGAUUUCUUGAGCCCAGGAGUUCGAGUCUUCAGUGAGCUAUGAUCGUGUCACUGCACUCCAGCCUGGGUGACAGAGCGAAACCCUGUCUCAAAAAUAAAAAAGUCUGAGUGCAGUGGCUCAGGCCUGCAAUCCCAACAUUUUGGGGGGCCAAGGCAGGAGGAUUGCUUGAGCCCAUUAGUUCAAGACCAGCCUGGGCAACACAGCAAGACCGUAUCUCUACAAAAAAUAAUUAGCCAGGUGCGGUGGCUCAUGCCUGUAAUCCUAGCACUUUGGGAGGCCGAGGCAGGCAGAUCACUUGAGGUCAGGAGUUUGAAACCAGCCUGGCCAACAUGGUAAAACCUCGUCUCUACUAAAAAUACAAAAAAAUUAGCCAGGCGUGGUGGCAGGCACCUCUAAUCUCAGCUACUCAGGAGGCUGAGGCAGUAGAAUUGCUUGAAUCCGGGAGGCAGAGGUUGCAGUGAGCCGAGAUCAUGCCACUGCACUCCAGCCUGGGUGACAGAGUGAGACCCUGUCUCUAAAAAUAAGUAAAUAACUAAUUAAAAAGUUAGCUAGCUGUGGUGGUGAGCACCUGUACUCCUAACUACUCAAGAGGCUGAGGUGGGAGGAUUGAUCAAGCCCAGGAAUUUGAGGCUGCAGUGAACUAUGAUCACAACACUGUACUCCAACCUGGGUAAUGGAGUGCGGCCCUGCCUCAAAAACACCAAAACAAAACAAAAAAACUUUUAUAACAUGUACCUAACAAAGAUGCAGAGUUAAAUUUUAUUUGCCAGUUUGUAAAAGCCUUUGAUAUUCAUUUUAGGGGCCCUUAGUAAUUACAAUGCCAUUAUGUAAUUAACUCUAUAGAGAACAUUACUUUCAAAUAAUGGAUUAUCAGACAUUAAGAGAGCCCCGGAGAGCCCCUACAGCUAUCCUUUAUGCCCCCCUUUUUGUUUGUUUUUUGGAGACAGCAUCUCCCUGUGUCUUCUAGGCUGGAGUGCAGUGGUGUGAUCAUGCCUCACUGCAGCCUCUACCUCCUGGGCUCAGGUGAUCCUCCCACCUCAGCCUCCCGAGUAACUGGGAUGACAGGUGCACACCCCCUGCACCCAGCUAAUUUUUGUAUUUUGUUGCAGAGAUAGGGUUUCGCCACGUUGCCCAGGCUGGUCUCAAAUUCCUGUGGUCACAUGAUCCAUCUGCCUUUGCCUCCCAAAGUGUUGGGAUUAAAGGCCUGAGCCACUGUGCCCAGUCUUUUUAUGCCACAUUUUAAAGGGUUUGCUUAUUAAUAAGCUUACUGUUAACGAAAUUUAGUUCAAAGUUUAAAAGUAGAAUGCAGCCAGGCAUGGUGGCUUACGCCUAUAAUCCCAGCACUUUGGGAGGCCAAGGUGGGUAGAUCAUUUGAGGUCAGGAGUUCAAGACCAGCUUGGCCAACAUGAUGAGACCUGUCUCUACUAAAAAUACAAAAAAUUAGCCAGGCAUGGUGGCACACACCUAUAAUCCCAACUACUUGGGAGGCUGUGGUAGGAGGAUCACUUGAACCUGGGAGGCAGAGGUUGCAGUGAGCCGAGAUCGAGAUUGUGCCACUGCACUCCAGCCUGGGCACAGAGUGAGACUCCAUCUCAAAAAAAAAAAAGUAGAAUGCAAGAAAAUGUCUCUGUACAGGUAGGCAUGAAAUGAAUCCUUCCCUUCCUUUUACUCCUUUAACCCCUUCUCCUGCAAUGUCUUGAAGUAAAUUACUGUCAUUACAGAAGAGCAAUGCACUGCAUCCCCCCAAAACCUUUCUAUAUGCCUUUGCUACCCAGUUAACAGAAGAAUAUAUAGAACUGUCUUAGGCGAAAGUAUGUACAGUAGUCCCUCUCUUAUCCACUGUUGCGCAUUCUGUGGUUUGUGUUACUCAUGGUCAACUGAGGUCCCAAAAUAUUAAAUAGAAAAUUCCAGAAAUAAACAAUGUGUGUUUUAAACUGCA